AUCGUUCUUCAGUUUCCUCCUCACUGGCUUUGGGACUCCCAGCUUUCUUCUCUCGUUCAUCGACUCCACGAAGCCGGCAUUAGAUUUUCCGUUAUGGUUCUCAGAACCCGCUCAAUUUUUGCUCCCGCCAUUCGCAGAUCAGUGGUGAACCCUAGAUUGGUCCCCGAAAUCAAGCACAUUUCCAGCCUCAAGGUUAUGUGGCGGAAGGACCCGAUGCUAAGAUGAAGCCAUAGAGAGAGAUGAGAGAUACGAACUCUGCGCACGUGUCGUCAGAGAGGUGUUGAGCGAACCGGGCCAAGCAAUCCCACUAUCCUACCUAGAGACAAGGCGCGAGAGGUUGCACCAUGGACAAGAUCAAAAUUUUUCUCCGUCGUAAUCCACUGUUGUUCGAUACUUUCUACAAUCGAAUCAAACCCAAGUCUGAGCCGGUUCUGUUCAUUCGCCCCAGCCAAUGGUUGAUGAAUUUUCUGGAAGAGGAGAAGAGGAUAAAGCUUGACAAUGAGGAGAUGCUCGUUGCCAAACUGUGCAAGUUGUUGAUGAUGGCCAAGGAAAAGAGAGCUGAUGAAGAAUCUAGAUUAUCAGGGAUUAGGGUUCGACCUAAUUUCAAUUACAAGCUUCCACCAGGUUUUUUCCUGAUGAAGGAGAUGAGAGAAUGGGUUAGGGACUGGUUGGAACUCGAGUACGUAUCGCAUUAUGUUGAUCUCCACACUUGGAGCAAUCCUCGCCCGAAAUGGAGAAGAGAGCCGUUGGGGUUUUCCAUGAGCUGCUAUUGGUUUCUGUGUUCAAGAGGGUUCCAGUCGCAAUUCUUGGGAAGUUUUGUGAAAAGUACAGCCCUUCUCCUAGUCUUUGUUCAUGUGGACAAGGUAGAUGCCCAGAGAAGCCGGCCUCCACUAUGUUCUUCACAGUUUUCACUUGCAAACUAUGCCUGUGGCAGUCUGCCAUUCAUGCAACUGCCACCACCUUCCUCUCUUCCUCCUCCAACGCUCUCUUUAAAGUCGUCCUCUAAUCCGCCUCCUCCGCCGACAUCUCCAACGUCUUCUCCUUCCCCGCCUGGUCAAGGUCGAGGAAGGCACAGGCAUGGGCGGGGCCACCAUCGCCAUCAUCGAACCUCCACACCUGCAGAGCAGAAUUGUUGCAGGUGGCUGAACGAGUUGGAUGCUGAAUGUGUGUGUGAGCUGUUGGUUCGUUUGCCACCUUUCCUGGCAAAGCCUUCUCACAAGUACACGCUCUAUGUCAAUGAAGCCUGUGUUAUAACUUUCUCGUGCUCAGGCCGAAUUGUGCCAUAG